UUCAGUUUAAUAAAGCAAGAGAAAGAAAAGCAAUAGCAUAGAGAUCUAACUAGUGAAAAAAGAGACCACCAACAAGAUGGCGCAACAGGAAGAAAUGAAGAACAAGUUUAUCGUGCUUGGAUUUGCUACCGGGCUGCUUGCGGCAGAAAUUAUUUGUGGCUUGGCUGAGGCUCCAGUGGGUAAGCUCAAGGCAUUGGACCAAAAGAAGUGGAUCUUCCCCAUUGUUGCCGUGGUGUUAACUCCAAUUGGAGUUUACAUCCAAAUUCAGAGCUUCAUUUCCAAAGCCCGUGCUGCUGGGGCUGUGUGGAGACGAUGCUGGUUCUUCACUAUAGAAGUUAAUAGAUCCCCGCGUAAAAUAUGGGCUAACAAGUUCGACCUGAUGGGAAUCAUAUUUUGGUUUGUUCAUUUCGGGCUUGUUAUUUUUGACCUCGUAAUGAAAGCUAAGCACAAGGAAGUUGGAUCCAUGGGCUUGUUGUCUAUUUACCCAGGCAUUGCAGCUGGAUUGGAGGUGAUCCAUGCUUCCUUGUCCCUGUGCAAUUGCUUUCAACGCCCUUACAUUGUCCGCUAUGCAAAUGACGUCAGAAGGGUAGUUCCACAUUCGCAUCAUGGAGGCUAUGUCGAAAUAAUUAUGGACCAUAUUACUCUUGGUCGGUAGGAUUCUUACAUGUGCCCAGCCCAAUAGAAUGUGCCAGGACCC